AUGGAGUUGAGCGGAGAUCAGUGUUACGGAUUCCAGGGUAUCCUUGGCCCUGAAACAACCCUCAAUCUUGACGCGAUGGUCGUUUACGCCGAUGCUGCCCCGUCCCUGGCGGGGAGCACGAUCAUGCUCACGAUCUUGGCCCUGAUCACUUUCGGAUUGCGGGUCUACUGCAGAUUAUCGCGUAGGUCGUGGGGUACAGAGGAUUGGAUCAUGAGUGCAGCAAUGAUACCCUUUGCGGUCCUUGUCGCAGGCUGUAUUGGAGGUGCCUUCAGUGGAAUCGGCGCGAAGAAUGCGACGCUCGCCAAACCUGGUAACGAAAAGUACUCCGCAGAAGGAAAGAAGUUCUUCCUCAUCUUUGAAGUUGGCUAUUGCGCUGCCAUCAUUCCAAUCAAGCUGAGCAUUAGUUGGAUGUUGAUUCGAGUUGCUCAGGGACGCAAGGCGUAUCUCUACGUGCAAUAUGUGGUCAUCGCAACAUUCGUGUCUAUGAACUUCAUUGCUUUGAUCUUCAUCUUGACUAACUGCAUCCCCGUCGAGGCUGCUUGGAGCGCCAAGGCACUUGCGAAUGGAGGUCACUGCAAGCCCAGCUACGUUCUUGCCGAUGUUUAUUACGCCUGUACCGCCGUCAACAUCGUCACUGACUGGAUCACUGCCUUCCUGCCGGUCCCCUUGCUCUGGAAUGUGCAAAUCAACCGCAACACCAAAAUCUCGAUCGUCGGCCUGAUGGGUCUCGGUAUCUUUGCCUCACUAUCAGCAUGCGUGCGACUCAAAUACACCGUCGCACUAACCAACCAAAACGACUACCUCUACGGCGUCGCAGACGUGGUCAUCUGGGGAUUCGCCGAAAACAGUAUCGGUAUGAUCGUUGGAAAUGUCGCCACUCUCCGCCCGCUGCUUCGCGUCCUCCGCGACCGCAAGACCUCCGACUAUAAGAAUUACCACCAAUCACCGGGAUACAGCUCGCAUCGCACCGGCGGAAUGAUGAAUUCACGGAACUACGAGCUCAACGAGAACGUCAAGGGUCUGAACCAUAUGACUACCACCUCGGCUAUCGAUCACAAUCCUCGGGGUAGCCUGAGUGAUGGGGAUAGUCAGAAAGAGAUCCUUGAUAAUGGUCAACGGCCUGGCGAGGCUGAUAUUGUUGUCAGUCGGCAGAUUCACGUUGCGUAUAACUAA